AUGGCAUCCUGCUCGAGAUCCCUCCAGCACAUUCGUGCGCCGGUGCAACGUGUCCUUGCAUAUUCGCUCGGCGCAAGUCGUGCCUAUGCGACCGUCCCAACAAAUACACCCGAAUCGCCACCUUCACCCAGCAAUCCCGCCGUGCCGUCACCACCCCGCCGACCGACAUACUUCAAAGACACCACAGUAUCGACAUUUGACGAGUUCGUGUCGACAUCGUCAGCCACAUCCCCCUUGUCGCCGAGCGAUGCCUACACCUUGCGCACCGCCGAAGUCGGCCCCGCGUCCAACCGCCGGACUAUCACCCGACUACCAGAGUGGCUGAAGACGCCCAUCCCCGCCGGCAACGACAACUACAAGAGCAUCAAGAAGGACCUGCGAGGCUUGAACCUGCAUACCGUGUGCGAGGAGGCGCGGUGCCCAAACAUCUCCGAGUGCUGGGGCGGCGACAACAAAAACGCCGCCACGGCCACCAUCAUGCUGAUGGGCGAUACAUGUACGCGCGGAUGCCGCUUCUGCAGCGUAAAGACAAACCGCGCACCCGCUCCGCUCGACCCCCACGAACCAGAACACACGGCCGAGGCGCUCGCGAGGUGGGGUCUGGGGUACGUGGUUCUCACGAGCGUGGACCGCGACGACCUGGCGGACGGCGGCGCGAGGCAUUUCGCCGAGACGAUACGGAAGAUCAAGGCUAAGAAGCCGAGUCUCCUCGUCGAGGCGCUGACGGGCGACUUCCGGGGCGACCUGGACAUGGUCAAGAUCGUGGCGCAGAGCGGACUCGACGUCUAUGCGCACAACAUCGAGACCGUCGAGGGCCUGACGCCGUUUGUGCGGGACCGUAGAGCCACAUUCAGACAGAGCCUGAGCGUUCUGGAACACGUGAAGAAGGUGCAGGAGGGCAGCAUCACCAAGACGAGCAUCAUGCUGGGCCUGGGAGAGCAGGAGCAAGAAAUCGCGGAUACGCUGAAGGAGCUGCGGAAUGUCGACGUUGAUGUGGUGACCUUUGGACAAUACAUGCGCCCCACGAAGCGGCACCUCAAGGUGGAGAAGUAUGUGACGCCGGAGGAGUUCGAGAUGUGGCGGCUGCGGGCUCUUGAUAUGGGCUUUCUCUACGUCGCCAGUGGUCCCCUCGUCAGGAGCAGCUACAAGGCUGGCGAAGCUUUCAUUGAAAACGUGCUUAGGAAGCGAGCUGGUGAGAAGGCAAGCUCUACUGUGGAAGGAAAGAUAGGAGCUACGGUGGCAAUGGGGGAGACGCUGCGGACUGAGUAA